CAGGAGACAAAAUGUCAUCACAGUUUUUGCCAGUAUCACUGACUUCUGGAGAUGAAUUAAAAGAUGACUCAAUCAAAAAGGACAGGCCAUGUAAGAUCUUUUUCAAAGAUCUCUUCCUCUUCAAAGAAAAUGAAAUGGCAGCAAAGAAAAAGGAAAAAUACAUGAACCGCCUCAUGAAAGUCCACCAAAAGUCCACGUUUUCAUCCCGAAUGAAGAGUCGUUCACACCUGGGCCAAAUAGUAUUGUACUCCCACCCAGCUCCUGGCUCGUUUGAAAAGUCUGGGCUCGACCCCACCCUUGUUCUCAGGUUAACAGAACGUGCAGACACAAAAAGGACUGUUCAUGAAUUUAUUAAUGACCAGAGAGACAGGUUUCUUCUUGAGUAUGCUCUGUCAACCAAAAGAAAUACAAUUAAAAAGUUUGAAAGGCUCAUAGCAACGAAGGAAAGGCAGCUCAUAAAAGCAGAAAAAAAGCUCCAAGAGGACGCAGUGGCAUUUGAAGAGUUCCUUCGAGAAAACGACCAGAAAUCUGCAGAUGCUCUUAAGAUUGCAGCACAGGAAACUAUAAACAAACUCCAGAUGACAGCAGAGCUAAAGAAGGCUAGUAGGGAUACACAGGCAGUGAAAAGUGAAAUAGCAAAAACAGAAUUCCUCCUUAGAGACUACAUGAAAUAUGGACUUUUUCUGCUGAAAUUGUCUCCGAAACCCUGGCAAAUCCAGCAAGCAAUGAAAAGGGUGCAGGUGUCAAAAAGCCAAGAAGAUAUGAAUGUCACUCUUCCAAAAAUAUUAACAAAACUGAAUACAAGGAAAAAAGAGGGCAGUGUUGAGGAGUGUAGGAGGACAUCAUUCUCAGAAGACCAAUCUGAAAGUAUCAGUUCAGAAGACAGUUUGGAAUUAUUUUUAGAUGAUAUGGACUAUGAUCCUGAGCCAGAGCUUUAUUUCAAAGAACCAGAAGAGUUACUUCAAGUCCUCACAGAGCUGGAAGAGCAGAAUCUUACUUUGGUACAGUAUUCCCAAGAUGUAGAUGAAAAUCUUGAAGAUGUAAAUAAAAGAGAGAAACUUAUACAGGAUAAAAUAAAUAGCAACAUAGAAUUUCUUUUAAAGCACAAGGAAAUGCUUAAGGCUAACUGUGAGAGAGAAGAGGAAAAAGCAGCAGAACUGGAAUUAAGGUCCAGGCUAUUUAGUUUCGGAGAAUUCAAUUCAGAAGCUCAGGAGAGGCAGGCACUUGGGCAGGAUGCCACCUGCAGAGCGAUUUACUUUGCCCAGCAGUUUACCAAGAUCCUCUUAACUGCGAAUGCCGGGUACACAGCGGAGAAAAAGGAUAAGGAUUUUCUUACAGUGCCGAAACAGGUUAUCUACAAGCUUGAGCAUCUCUACAAAGUUAAACCAGCCCAGUGGCGAGUGACGUUUUACUUGUUCUCCUUUUCUUCUCAAUCUCAGGAAAAACUGAUAGACUCUCUUAGUAAAAAAAUUAAUCAAGUAUGUAAAGUCUGCAUUGGAGAUACUGAGGUUGGUGGUCUCGACCCAGUUCAAAAGCUGGUAAAAGUGGAGUCUCGCCUGGUGGAAUUGAGUGAUCUCUUCGACUCCAUUCCCAAAGAAAAUGUGGAGGCGAUUGAGAGGAUAAAGCAGAAAGAACGGCGGCAAAAGUUGCGUGAAGAGAAAAUUAAAGAAAAACAAAAACACCACGAAGAAAGGCUAAAAGCUGCUCUAGAAAGAGCAGUAGCACAACCAAAGAUAAAGGUUUGCAUUUUGUUAUUAAUAGGUCCAGCUACAUCAACCUGUGUUUCUGUGGUAUAAAAACAAAAUACUUCAUUCAUCCAAUUUAUCCAGGUUGAACCUGAGUAAAAUAAUCUCUCUUGCUCUCAGCUUCACUUGGCAUGUGGCUCCUUGUUACUUUUUAAAUAAUUCAAAUUACAUGGUCUGCAGUUCUCUAUCAGACCCACUUUAAGUAAAUCUCUCACCUCUUUUUG